GAUUAGCAUGGGAAUCAGUAGAGUGAGUAAGGAAGAUCACUCUCGCCAUUGUGGGUGGGCAUCAUCUGAUCCUUUGAGGGCCUGAACAGAACAAAAAGGCAGAGGAAGAGGGAGUUUGUUCUCUCUGCUUGAGCUGAGACAUCUAUCUUCUCCUGCUGGAACAUCAGCACUCCUGAAUCUCAGGCUUUCAAACUCAGACCAGAAACUUCACCUUACCCCACACCCCCAUACCAUUUUGAAGCUUUGGGCCUCAAACUCAAUUACGCCACUGGCUUUCCUGGUUCUUCAGCUUGCAGACAACAAAUCGUGGGACUUCUCAGCCUUCAUAUCCACAUGAGCCUAUUCCUACACUAAAUCCCCUUUUAUCUAGAUUUACAUAUCCAUCUCCUAUUGGGUCUGCUUCUCUGGGAAACUCUGACCAGCACAGUAGUCUUGGCGGUGUUGUUUGCCAAAAGAAAGAAUGCAUCAGUUAUUAGGGGAAAAGUGUAAAGCUAGAUGUCUAAUGUAGUAAACUAUAUCACCCCUUAAUUGAGAAUUAUUAUUAAUAUCAGAUGCUUGGAAUCAAGAAGUUCUCAAUGGAGGUGGUGUUUUUCCUCUGGGGACAUUAUGGGAAUUUAUGGUUGUCACAUGAAGGGGAUAGAAUCCAGUAGGUAAGGGGCAAAAAUGCUAAAAGCCUGCCAAGUGCAAAACAAAAACCACUCAAUGGUGACCGAGUUUAUCUUUAUGGGCAUCACUCAAGACCCUCAGCUGCAGACCAUCUUUUUUGUGGUCUUCCUCUUGAUCUACCUGGUCAAUGUCGUGGGGAACAUUGGUAUGAUUAUCUUGAUCAUAACAGACACUCAGCUUCACACCCCCAUGUACUUUUUCCUGUGUAACCUCUCUUUCGUUGACCUGGGAUACUCUUCAGCCAUCGCCCCCAGGAUGCUGGCUGACUUCUUAACAAAGCACAAAGUUAUCUCCUUCUCCAGCUGUGCCACCCAGUUUGCUUUCUUCGUAGGUUUCGUGGAUGCCGAGUGCUAUGUCUUGGCCGCCAUGGCCUACGACCGUUUCGUGGCCAUCUGUCGACCCCUCCACUAUAGCACUCUCAUGUCCAAGAGAGUUUGUAUAGCUCUCAUGCUGGGCUCUUACCUGGCUGGCUUGGUGAGUUUAGUAGCCCACACUUCCCUCACCUUCAGUUUGAGUUACUGUGGUUCCAAUAUUAUCAACCACUUCUUCUGUGAAAUCCCACCUCUCUUAGCCCUCUCUUGCUCAGACACUUACAUCAGCGAGAUCUUGCUCUUUAGUCUGUGUGGCUUCAUUGAAUUCAGCACCAUCCUCAUCAUCUUCAUCUCUUAUGCCUUCAUCCUCGUAGCAAUCAUCAGAAUGCGCUCAGCUGAAGGCCGCCAUAAGGCUUUCUCCACCUGUGGGUCUCACCUCACUGGCGUCACCCUUUUUUAUGGCACAGUCAUGUUUAUGUACCUGAGGCCAACAUCCAGCUACUCCCUGGACCAAGACAAGUGGGCCUCUGUGUUCUACACUAUUAUCAUCCCCAUGCUGAAUCCCUUGAUCUACAGUUUACGGAACAAGGACGUGAAAGCUGCUUUCAAAAAACUAACUGGAAGGAAACCUCAGUAG